AGAUUAUGGCUACAUUUGUUCUUUCAAAGGAUCGGUUCUUUCCAAAGCAGAAAGCGUACAAGUUUGCUUUGAGAAGGAAUUGUAUAUGUUAUCAUAGGAAGUCGAGAAGAAUAACUAGCUUAACUCCUCUUUUUAAAGCUGACCUACAACAGCAGUUUGGUCUGAAUGUCCGAUCUAUUUGGAAAAGUUUACAGAAACAAGGGCAUGAUGCACAAACAGAAGAUAUGAAGAAGCAAAAACGGAAUAUUUUAGUAGUUGGUGCAACUGGAAGAGUGGGUAGGUUAGUUUGUAAGAAUCUGAGUUCGAGGGUCAAGUACGGUUAUCGUAUAUGGGGAUUGUCCCGAAGCCCAACAAGUGUGAAGGAAGCAGAAUUGCCAAAAGAAGUGAACUUGACCUUUAGGGAUUUGCAAGAAAGCAACAGCCUCGAGAGUUUUGUUGGAAAAGUGGAUGGAGUGAUUUGGACGGCAGGCUCCCGUGGACCUCCUGGUUUUGGCACUGGUGGCCCUCGUGAGAUUGACCAUUUGGCUCUUAAGAAUAUGGUACAAUUGUUUGCUGAAAGUUGGAAAUCGGAACAACGUGAACGAACUGUAUACGACUUUUCUCUUCCCGAUAUGGAACAUAUCUUCCAGCCUGUGCAGCAAAGUUCUAUUGAAGUUUCGAAUUCUAGUUCAUUUCGGUAUUCAACAGGCUUUGGAAUUUUUACUGGUAAUUUAAUGAAAUAUGGUGAUGGAAAUGUUGCACAGAUAAGAGCUCAAUCAACAGUUCCUUUAAAUCUUUCUGAGUUUGAUGGAUUUUGCUUAAAAGUGAAAGGAGAUGGAAGGCGUUAUCGCAUUUUUCUAAAAGACAAUGAGGUGGAUACUUCCGAAGAAUAUUCUUUUCAGUGUGAGUUUGACACCAAGUCUGGAGAAUGGCAGAACAUACGGCUCUUAUUUUCAGACUUUAUUCCGGUGAAGAAUUCUAAGAUAUUGUUCGGGGAAGGAGCCAAUCUCUAUAAGUAUCGUUUGAAUAAAAGCUCCAUUCAUAUGAUAGGUUUCGGUAUUUCCCGGUUGGAUUUAGGAGGAUUGGUUGACCCGAAUUUUAGAACUGGGCGUUUUGAACUUGUAUUGGAAAAAAUUACGGCCUUCUCUUUAACAAUACCUCGCUUGGUUGUUUUAUCAAGCGCUGCAGUGACAAGACUGGAGUGGAACGAAAAGCAACGUCAGAUUUAUGCUGGGUCGUUUAAUAUUCCCAUUGUACAGUUGAAUCCUGGUAAUAUCUUGAAUGAAAAGCGAAUGGGUGAAGAUGCCGUACGUUCAAGUGGCAUACCAUAUUGCAUUAUUCGUGCAACUGGAUUGAAUGAUGAGCAUCCUUCUGGAAGAAUUGUCUUUCAACAAGGAGAUACCGCAGUUGGUAGAAUUAAUCGUAAGGAUGUUGCAGAUACUCUUGUAGCAGCUUUGGAUCUCUCUUCUUCUAGUUACAAAACCUUUGAAAUAUUUUCGGUUCCUGGUGAAAGAAAAAUAUGGAAAGAAUGUUUUGAAAGUGUACAGUUAGAUAGAGAAGUGUGAUAAGAUAGAUUCAUUUGGGAUGAGUUGGUUGGGUAAUAAAGAAGGAAUCGUUCGGGAAUAAAGUAUAAAAUUGUGGA